AUUUGAAUACCCAUUUCUCGGCACUAUUCCUCUCCUCAAGCACAAAGCAGAGCCACCGCCACAGAUCGUCAGAGAAAGUGAAUAAUCAAAUCAAUGGAGGACACUAGUUUCCCCAAUUCUUGUGCCGAUGACCUCAAGAACCAUGUAAUGAAGGUUUUCGAGGAGGCCACCAAAGACUGUGAGGACAAGGUCUUGAAAGAAAUUCGGGACUACGACUCCCUUAACAAGUAUGCCAUUCAACUCUUCAAUAUAUUGGCAAAUAACACCCUCGCUGAGGAAGCCAAAGAGCUCUUUAAGCCUUGCUCUGACUCUGCCGUGCUGCCUGAUGUUGCCGUCUUCACUAUUGUCAUUCGGGCCUACGCCUGUGCCGGCAAGACCAACGCUGCCCUCAAGGUCUACCAGCAGAUGAUAGCCACCGGUGUCGCCCCCACUUCCUGCACUUACACUAUACUCAUCACCUCACUUGCAACAGACUCAUCUUCUGAUGUUAAUUUCGUUGGGUAUGCCAAGAAGUAUUUUUUGGAAAUGUUAGAUAAGGGGAUGAAGCCACAUUCUGCCUCCUACAUGACUGUGUUCAACGCCAUUGCCUGUCGGGAGUCGGUGGAGAAGGCCAGGGAGUUCCUUGAGCAGAUACAAGCAAAGGGGUUUACCCCUGGGUCCAAAGUUCAUCACUUUGAAGAAGGCCACCUCACUGAAGCAAUGAAUGCGAUGAAGUUGUAUGAUGAUCUUGUCAACAAGACCACUGACAAGAAGAUGCAAAAAGUCUUCCGCAAGUGGCGUACAGCCGGCGGCCUUGCCAAGAAAGAGUCAUUGGAGAUGUUUGGUGCUUUGAUAGAUGAUGGCUAUGUAGACGAGGCCAACGAGCUAUGUAAGUGCAUUUGUGAGACGGGUGUAUAUCCCAUGGUCACAAAUCACACCAGCGUUAUUCAAGCCUACCUCAAGUUUGGCAAGACCAAGGGUGCUCUGGAGGCAUACCGGGGCAUGUUAGCUGCAGGGGUUGCUCCAAACUCCUACACUUACACUGUUUUAAUCAAGGGACUCACCGUUGACCCCAAUUUCUGUGGAGAUGCCAAGAAGUGCAUUCUUGAUAUGAUGGACAGGGGGAUAAGGCCCAAUCCUGCUACCUACACUGCGGUGAUAGAGGGAUUUGCGAAGCAGGAGGACAAGGCAGCUGAGGAGGAGGCCAAAGACUUGGUGGAGGUAAUGAUGAGUAAGGGAUUUGUGCCAAACGCAAAGGCGUUGGCCUUCCCUUCAGAACCUCCAUCAUUGCCUUUGCGUUUGGCACAAAUCCCUUACUCAAGGGAAGGCCAACUCCUCUUAUAAGAAGGGUCAUAAGCAUUGUCCUUUCCAAGUUGAAGGGCUAAUGGGUUUGCUUCAUCAAUGUUGUGCCUGCAGCUUUAAGAUUAGGGUGUUACAAAUAUGGGGAAGCUUUUGAGUGUAGGAAGUCAUGUAGGAUUUAGUUUCAAUAGGUAACUGGUGCUGUUUUCUAUCAUUGUUCAUGUGACAUUGGAAUAGUUUGAAUGCUGACAUGGAAGUAGAAAAUCCAUGUAGGAAUGAUUUACAAUGUGGGAUUUGGUGCUGUUCUCUCUGAUUCUGAAUGAUGACAUCAAAGUAUUUUGUAG